AUGUCCAAGGACCUCUUGCCCAUCCACUGCAGCGACAACCAGCCCAUGCCACAUACUCUGCGUCGUCUGAGUCACGGCCUCGUGAUGGACCUACAGCAAGCUGUGCAGCUCGAAAAGCAAGAGCUUAUAAAGAUGGAGUUCUCAGCUAAGGCGGACAGGGCCCAGCCCACGAUAGCAUCAUCAGAAGAAGACAGUCAGUCGUCAACGCCGCCUAAUCGGACUGACCGCCAGCAGCGGCUCGCAACUACUGGAAAAUACGGCGGCUGCCUCCCAUGUUCUCCACCUGUGCCAAUUCCACAGCAUCAUGAAGCACAUCGCCGCUACAGCACAGCUGGCAAUUCAGAAGAAUCCUUAACAUACGGUCUAGAUGCCGAACAACUGCAGUCUAUAAGCACGUCACAGUGUAAAGCAAGACUUGGUGACGAGUUCUGGAACUCUAAACUGUCACUCGAUUACCGAGAGCCGUUCGAAGUAUCCACUUGUCUGGCGAAUGACAUGUCUAGGAACAACAAGCAGCAGGUCGAUACAGCGAAGAAGAUGGCCCUGUUCAAGUACGGAUCCGAGUCGUCAAUAACUACAACCGCAAAAAGCGUUAAUGAGACUGAUGACGAUCUUAUAAACAUGGUCAGUCCUGAGAAAGAAGAACACAUGCUUCACUAUGGAGAUAUAUUCGUGAUGGAAGAUGUGUGA